AUGGAGGCGGGGUGGUACCCUAGCAGCCGCUGGCGCCUGUUCCCCUCUCCUUCUCGCCUGCGUCUCCGUCUCCUCUUCUUCUCCGGCCAGCAGCAGCGGCCGUCGGCUCGCCCUCUCUUUCUCUCGUCCGGCGGUCCUUCUCUCUUCUCCGGCCAACUGACUGCCGUCCCUGACGCCGGUGAUCGGAGUUCUCCGAUUUAAGUGUAGGUUUGGCCAUAUAAUUAGAAGAAAUGAAUGCGUUUAAGGCCUAUAAAGCAUGUGUUCCUAUUGCAUGGAGUCCCAACCUAUACAUAACCUUGGUCAGGGGCAUUCCAGGAACCAGGAGGCUUCAUAGGCGUACGUUGGAAGCAUUGCGUCUCCGAAAGUGUAAUCGUACUGUUAUGAGAUGGAACACUCCUACUGUUAGAGGAAUGCUUCAACAGGUAAAGAGAUUGGUUGUCGUUGAGACUGAAGAGAUGUAUAAAGCUCGCAAACAGAAACAGGCAAUCCACCAAGCUUUACGCCCCCCAUUGGUUGUGAGCCACCUCUCUGCUAAUGCAACUGAAGUUUCAAAGUGACCUGUUCUACUGAGAAUUUAAAUCUCAUGUCAUGAGCAACACAGUUGCCGCUUGUGGAGGAGCUGUUGAAGUGGUAAGGUGGUGAAAAGUGAUGCAGAUCUCCAUUUCUUCAAUCCAUGUCCAUUGCAGGCUAAAUUUUGGAACAUUUUAGCAGUUAACAACAGAUUAGAUAUUAUGGUAUGUGUUAACGAUAAUAUCUAGGUCAUGGAGAAUCUGAAUAUGAUCAUAUGUUGAUUGGUCUUUGGUCCGCUUGUGCUGUUGGAUAUGGACACUAUUGACUUCUUUCUUCAA